ACAACAAUCGUUGAUUUCUUCCUCCCUGAUCCUCUCCAAUCAGAAUACCGCGUUAUAUCCACAACUCUUGCAAACAACUACUCUUCAUGCCUAUGUCUCUUUGUCGUCUUGGUCUUCGCCAUUGCUGAGUUUGAGCAGCCAGGGUGGUUCCCGCGACCAGAGGAAUUGAGCUCAGCAGUGAUUGGUUUCCUUGGUGUGGGGACUAUCAUAUUCCUUGUUGUCGCACUGCUCGAGUACGUCGAAACACACACUUGGCCAUGGGAGGACGAGGGAUUCGUAUGGCCAUGGGAGGCACUGCUUUGGGGUGGCACUGUAUACAAUGACGAGGCAUUAGAAGAGACUGUGGCGGAACAUUCAGGAUCGUGCGUCACACAAGUGUCACCACAAGCAGGAACGAAGAAGGUUGGUUGUUCUGAACAUGGACAGGAUAUCAUCAUCCCUCCGACGCCUUUCCUGCCGGGUGAGCUCAGACCGACCAGUCUUUCCCCACCCAUAAGGCAUUGUUCUGGACUUUUGGGAGAAUCGCCAACACCUCUC